GCGCGUGGGGGCGCGGUGCGGACUGUGACCUCAGCAGGCCCGGCCCGGCCCAGUCCCCGCCCCGCGAGAGGCGGGCCGAGCGGCGCCGACAUGGCGCGGAGCUGAGCGGCCGGGAUGUGGGGCUCCGCGGACGAGAGCUCGGUGCGGGUGGCCGUCAGAAUCCGACCCCAGCUCGCCAAGGAGAGGAUCGAAGGAUGUCACAUCUGCACGUCGGUGACGCCCGGGGAGCCGCAGGUCUUCCUGGGCAAGGACAAGGCCUUCACCUUCGACUUCGUCUUCGACCUCGAGGCCGCGCAGGAGAGCGUGUACUCGCAGUGCGUGGAGAAGCUCGUCGAGGGCUGCUUCGAGGGCUACAAUGCCACCGUCUUCGCCUACGGCCAGACCGGGGCCGGCAAGACGUACACCAUGGGCACGGGCUUCGACGUCAGCAGCUCGGAGGGCGAGCAGGGCAUCAUCCCGCGUGCCGUGCGCCACCUCUUCCGGACCAUCGAGGAGAAGAAGAGCAGCGCCCUGCAGAGCGGGCUCCCCGCGCCCGACUUCAAGGUCAACGCGCAGUUCCUGGAGCUGUACAACGAGGAGGUCCUCGACUUGUUUGACACCACCCGCGACAUGGACUCCAAGAACAAAAAGUCCAACAUCAGGAUCCACGAGGACUCGGCCGGGGGCAUCUACACGGUGGGCGUCACCACACGCACCGUGAGCACCCAGGCGGAGAUGAUGCAGUGCCUGAAGCUGGGCGCACUGUCCCGGACCACGGCCAGCACCCAGAUGAACGUGCAGAGCUCCCGCUCCCACGCCAUCUUCACCAUCCAUCUGUGCCAGACCAGGAUGUGUCCCCCGGCGGAGGGGGAAAACACGCCUGAUAACAAGGAGGGGUCCGAGCCGUCGCAGAUGAAUGAGUUUGAGACGCUGACAGCCAAGUUCCAUUUUGUGGACCUGGCGGGGUCCGAAAGGCUGAAGCGGACGGGGGCCACGGGCGAACGGGCCAGAGAAGGCAUCUCCAUCAACUGCGGGCUGCUGGCUCUGGGCAACGUGAUCAGCGCUUUGGGGGACAAGAGCAAGAGGGCGACCCACGUGCCCUACAGGGACUCCAAGCUGACGCGGCUGCUGCAGGACUCACUUGGCGGCAACAGCCAGACCGUCAUGAUCGCCUGUGUCAGCCCAUCGGACAGAGACUUCAUGGAGACCCUGAACACCCUCAAAUACGCCAACCGGGCUAGAAACAUCAAGAACAAGGUGAUGGUCAACCAGGACCGCGCCAGCCAGCAGAUCAGCGCGCUGCGGGGCGAGAUUGCACGGCUGCAGGUGGAGCUCAUGGAGUACAAGACCGGCAAGCGCAUCAUUGACGAGCAGGGCGUGGAGAGCAUCAACGACAUGUUCCACGAGAACGCCAUGCUGCAGACGGAGAACAGCAACCUGCGUGUGCGCAUCAAGGCCAUGCAGGAGACCAUGGACGCGCUGCGGGCCCGCGUCACGCAGCUGGCCAGCGAGCAGGCCGGCCAGGUUCUGGCCAGAGCGGGUGAAGGGAACGAGGAGAUCGGCAACAUGAUCCACAGCUACAUCAAGGAGAUCGAAGACCUCAGGGCCAAGCUGCUGGAAAGCGAAGCCGUGAACGAGAACCUGCGGAAGAGCCUGACGCGGGCGACCGCCAGGUCCCCUUACUUCAGUGCCUCCUCCGCCUUCUCCCCGGUCCUGUCCUCAGACAAGGAGACCCUCGAGGUUAUCGACCUGGCCAAGAAGGACCUGGAGAAGCUGAAGAGGAAAGAGAGGAAGAAGAAGAAAAGGCUUCAGAAGCUGGAGGAGAGCAGUCGCGAAGAAAGAAGUGUGGCCGGGAAGGAGGAAACUGCCGACACCGACUCAGAGAAGAAAGAAGAAAAGGGCGCGACCGAGCGUGAGAGCCACGAGCUGGACGUGGAGGAGAACCAGGAUCUGAGUGAGCAUGAGGACGAGGAGGAUGAGGACGAGGAGGACGAGGAGGAGGAUGUGGAAGUGGUGGACAGCUCCGACGACUCCGACUCGGAGUCCGAUGACAAAGCGGAUUACCAAGCAGACCUGGCGAACAUCACCUGUGAAAUCGCCAUCAAGCAGAAGCUGAUCGACGAACUGGAGAACAGCCAGAAGCGACUGCAGACGCUGAAGAAGCAGUACGAGGAGAAGCUGGUGAUGCUGCAGCACAAGAUCCGAGACACCCAGCUGGAGAGGGACCAGGUGCUGCAGAGCUUAGGCUCUGUGGAGUCCUACUCUGAGGAGAAGGCCAAGAAGGUGAAGUCGGAAUAUGAGAAGAAGCUGCAGGCCAUGAACAAGGAGCUGCAGCGGCUGCAGGCGGCGCAGAAGGAGCACGCCAGGCUGCUGAAGAGCCAGUCGCAGUACGAGAAGCAGCUGAAGAAGCUGCAGCAGGACGUGAUGGAGAUGAAGAAGACCAAGGUCCGACUGAUGAAGCAGAUGAAGGAAGAACAAGAAAAGGCUAGGCUGACAGAGUCCAGGAGGAACCGAGAGAUCGCGCAGCUGAAGAAAGACCAGCGGAAAAGAGAUCACCAGCUGAGGCUGCUGGAAGCUCAGAAGAGGAACCAGGAGGUCGUACUUCGCCGGAAAACCGAGGAGGUCACAGCGCUCCGCCGGCAGGUGCGACCCAUGUCCGACAAAGUGGCCGGCAAAGUGCCACGCAAGCCCAGCUCGACGGAUGCCCCCAUGCAAGGCCCCGGCGCGGCUGCGGGGGACACUGAGGCCGCGAAGGCCGGGACCCCCGCGUGGUCCCGCGUCCCGGUGGCCAGGGUGCAGGCCCUGCCCUCGCCCGCCACCAACGGAGCCAGGGCCAGGGACCCACGCAGGGGCCAGCCGGGCCGCGUGUUCACCUCCAAGGCGGCACGCAUGAAGUGGCAGCUGCUGGAGCGCAGGGUGACAGACAUCGUGAUGCAGAAGAUGACCAUCUCCAGCAUGGAGGCCGACAUGGACCGGCUGCUACAGCAACGGGAGGAACUGACCCGGAGGCGCGAGAAGCUCUGGAAGAGGAGGGAGAAGCUGGCCCAGGAGAGCGGCGAGCCAGACCGAGGUGGGAGCAGCCUGAGCGAGGAGGUGGAGGCCCUGAGCGCCAACAUCGACUACAUCAACGACAGCAUCGCCGACUGCCAGGCCAACAUCAUGCAGAUGGAAGAGGCCAAGGAGGAAGGGGACGCUCUGGACGUGGCCGCCGUCAUCCACGCCUGCACGCUCACGGAAGCCCGGUACCUGCUCGAGCACUUCCUGUCCAUGGGCAUCAACAAGGGUCUUCAGGCUGCCCAGAAAGAGGCCCAGAUCAAAGUCCUCGAGGGCCGCCUGAAGCAGACGGAGAUAACCAGCGCCACCCAGAACCAGCUCCUGUUCCACAUGCUCAAGGAGAAGGCGGAGCUAAACCCUGAGCUGGACGCCCUGCUGGGCCCCGCCCUGCAAGAUCUAGAUAGCGUGCCCGUAGAAAACGCCGAGGACAGCACGGACGAGGACGCGCCUCUGAACAGCCCGGGGUCCGAGGGGAGCUCACUGUCGUCAGACCUGAGGAAGCUGUGUGGAGAGGUGACCCCCAAGAACAAGGCGCGACGCCGGACCACCACGCAGAUGGAGCUGCUCUACGCGGACAGUGAGGGGCCGGGUGACUCAGGCACGGGCGAGGCCGGCUCACCCAGCCCCCUGGCGCCUGUGGCCGAGGGGCAGGACUCGGGCCUGAGGGCCGAGAGCAGGGGCCCGUCCUCACGGGAGAAGGAGCUCCCCUCCCCCACCGGCCCCUCCACCAAGGCAGGCCUCUCCCGGCAAUCAUCGCUGUCAGAAAAGAGGAUUCCGGAACCUUCCCCCAUUGCCAAGAGGAAGGCGGCCGAGAAAGCAGAGGCGGUCAAGGCCAAGGAGCAGAAGCACUCCGAGGCGAGCCUCUCGCCCCCUCCCUCCCCGCCCAGCCGGCCCUGUAACGAGCUGAAUGUCUUUAAGCGCCUCGCUGGGCCUCAGGGAAGUGCCACGGCUCCGCAGGAUAAGGGCGUCAUCAACCCGUUUCCCGCUGCCAGAGGCUCCCGAGGGGCCCCGCUCCAGUGUGUGCAGGUGGCUGAGGGCCACACGAAGGCCGUGCUCUGUGUGGACAGCACCGACGACCUGCUCUUCACUGGCUCCAAAGAUCGAACCUGCAAGGUGUGGAACCUGGUGACGGGCCAGGAGAUCAUGUCGCUGGGCGGCCACCCCAGCAGCGUGGUGUCCGUGCGGUUCUGCCCCUACACCAGCCUGGUCUUCACCGCGGCCACGUCCUAUGUGAAGGUGUGGGACAUCAGGGAGUCGGCCAAGUGUCUCCGCACGCUGACGUCUUCCGGUCAGGUCACGCUCGGGGACACCUGUGUCUCCAGCACCAGCCGCACGGCCGCCCUCCCCUCGGGAGAGAACCAGAUCAACCAGAUCGCCCUGAACCCCACGGGCACCUUCCUCUACGCGGCGUCGGGCAACACCGUCCGCAUGUGGGACCUGAAGAGGUUUCAGUCUACCGGAAAGCUAACGGGACACUUGGGCCCUGUGAUGUGCCUUACCGUCGACCAGAUUUCCAACGGACAAGACCUGAUCGUCACCGGCUCCAAGGACCAUUACAUCAAAAUGUUUGAUGUCACUGAAGGGGCGCUCGGGACCGUGAGCCCCACCCACAACUUCGAGCCCCCACAUUACGACGGCAUCGAGGCGCUCACCAUCCACGGGGACCACCUGUUCAGCGGCUCCCGCGAUACCGGCAUCAAGAAAUGGGACUUAGCCCAGAAGGGCCUUCUCCAGCAAGUCCCAAACGCCCAUAAGGACUGGGUGUGCGCCCUGGGUGUGCUACCCGGGCCCCCGGCUCUGCUCAGUGGCUGCAGGGGAGGCCUGCUCAAGCUGUGGGACGUGGAUACCUUCGCGCCUGUCGGGGAGGUGAAGGCCCACGACAGCCCCAUCAAUGCCAUCUGUGUGAACGCUGCACACGUCUUCACUGCCGCAGAUGACCGAACGGUGAGAAUCUGGAAGGCCCGCGGGGCACAGGACGCGCAGAUGUCUGACUCCGGGGACCCAGGGGACGACGGGGCCUGCACCUGACGGUGACCAUGGGUCAGCCCUCCUGCUGCCUGGAGCCUCCCGCCAGCCCCGUCCAGCAGGGUCCAGCUGCGUCCACGAUCCCAGUAAAGCUGUGUGUCCGCGCUUGCCUGCUCCAGCACGCGUCCGUCUGUCCCGCCCGAGGGCAGCCCAGUGCCUGCCUGUCGCCCAGCGGGUCCAGGCGGGCCUGCGUAUGGCCUCCUCAGCCAGGGCACCGUGAGCUCGGCCGGGGGCAGGAGGCGGCUUUGGCGUCGGUGCCCUGGUCUGCCCGGGCCCUGCUUCCCACACCACCACGCCCGCCCUGCGCCCGUGCAGAAGCCCCGAAUGCCGCCUCGUCUGCCGUGAGAAACGUCUUGGCUGCUCUGGCAGACAGUUUGGACUGUUUUCCUCUGGAGUUGUUUCUAUUUCUCCCUUCUGAUUUCGUUUUCAUUUGAUGGUAGCAUUUCUCUUUUUUUAUAUGCUGCUAAGUCUAUUUUGAAUACGUGACACGAGCAGAGCUGUGUUGUCUGAGGGGAAAGCUGUGUAAAUAGACUGUAAAGAGAACAACAUCUCUCACCGAAACUGGAUGAAAUUUUAAAAUACCGUAGACUGGACUUUCCAGAAGGAUGUAUGAUUUAUCUGUCUUCUCCAUUAAUUUGUAAAUUCUGAAGAUUUAAUUUUAUGUAGAUGAUUUAACAUUUGGAAAUAUUGUCGUAUGAUUUUUUUUUCCCCAGAAAAUAUUUGCUUGUAAAUCAGUGCUUAGCUCAGGCUUAAAUAAACAUGUCGGUCCG